UGCUCAGGGAUGGCCCUUGGCAGAAAAUCGUCCCACUCAUGUCACUGCCCCAGCUAGCUUCAUUGGUGACAAACUCUCCUCAUACUGCCAAAAUUUAGUAAUGGUGGUACAGGCCAGAAGUAGACCCGCUGCAUACGGUGGCCAUAGACCUGUCAUAAUGAAUGGAAAUGGUAAGUUUAUGUUACAGCUACAUGCUGCAUACUGUGGCCAUACACCUGUCAUAAUGAACGGAAAUGGUAAGUUUAUGUUACAGCUACAUGCUGCAUACUGUGGCUAUACAUCUGUCAUAAUGAAUGGAAAUGGUAAGUUUAUGUUACAGCUACAUG